AUGAAUGGUUCGAAGUUGGACCCCGACUGGACGAGCAAAUUUGACCUUGUCAUAAUUUUUGACGCAUGUCAUGAUCAGAUGAGACCAGAUCUGGCAAUGCCUGCAGGAAAUUCAUCGGGUACUCAAAGCGGAAGGCGUUUUUGGAAUGAUAGAGGUAGAGUUGACCUUCAGCUGUCAGCAGUAAGGGAAGCUAGUUUAUUGCAGAUAUAUGGAACUUCCAACAUAUUUCAAGACAAAAAAGAAGAUGGAGCUGUAGCUGCGAGAUACUAUGCUACUUCAUUGUUCCAUUGCCUUCCAAUUGGGAGCAACUCUAAAGGUGAUUUUCUUGACGCUUUCUGCCUUGGUGCGAAAUGGGGAACAAAACGAGGUGUGAAGUUACUCGAAGAGGCAGGAUUUAAAGAGAUCGCAGUGCAUCGCCCAUCCUAUUUCCUACAUAACGCGUUUUACAUUUGUAAGAAAAACUGA